AAUGGAGGGACUAGUGGACGUCGCUUCCCUUCGGGCUUUCUGGGGGCUGCACAUUUGGGCAGAGCUUCUACAAGCGCGUCUACGAUAGAGGCGAUUUAGGGAGGACAUCAACGGAUCUCAUCAUCAGCCAGACAUGAGUUUUGUUUACUAUUGAGGGUGAACAUAUUGUCUGAAGACGUGAAAUUAACAAUGUACGGGUGGAGCUGCGGUUUGUUUAAUAAAACAUGAAGGGCACCGCUUCGUACACUGUGGUCCCAAUUUAUGGGGUGAUUUAUCGCUUUGGAUGCUUGAGCAUCAUGACCCACUGACGUUUCCGAAGAGAGCGCAUUGUUUCGGAUCUCAGAGGUGACAACAGAAUGCCAUUCCAAUGAGGUGAUAUCUUAAUAUGAAUUAAGAUAUCAUGAAUAUCUUAGAUAAUUAUGAAUAUUUGCUGGUGAGGGACAAACCUUGCUGUUUUGGUGUCAAGUGGCAUGGCAUUGACUCUUCACAGAGCGUGUUUAUGCAACCGACGUGUUAGGCAUGUUUGCUGUAUAAUUGUAUUGUAUGUGCUGUAGCAUACAUAACCUAUUAAUAAUUGCGAUUAUUACUGAAGCUUUCAUUUUUCUGCACAUUAGGACCAUCCAUACACUGCUGGUUGGCUGAUGAAGCAAUUGACAAGAUAUUAGGCUAUAUUUUCUGGAAUCUAGGCCACAUAUUGGGAAAACCAGCACGAUUUCAACCAUGUCGAAAGCUGCCACAAAAGAGAAGAAAUCCUUCAGCAAGAAGCUUUUCCGGAGGGGCUCGGUGCGCUCCGUGGGGAGCUUUAUGAACCGAGUUCUCCGGACUCUUUCCACUUUGUCCCACUUCGGUAACGAGGAGCAUGCAGCCGACGAUGAGAAGGACGACGCAACUUUCAUCCAGACCACAACAGGGGGUUCGGUCCCCUCUGACGAUAGCGACUGCGGCGGAUUUCUCUUCGGGGACAAGGUCCCCGGAGUUGCAGGACUCAAGAACCAUGGCAACACUUGCUUCAUGAACGCUAUUUUACAAUGCUUGAGCAAUACCGAGCUCUUUGCCGAAUAUCUAGCCUUAGAACAGUUUCGCGGAGAGGAAGUUAACGACAAAGCAAAGUCGAAUGGUUUGUUGUUGCAAAAGAAGCCACCGCAGGAUACAGGUGAAGUCACUGAACAACUUUCGGGCCUGGUGAGAGCGCUGUGGACCUUUGAGUACACCCCACAACAUAGUCGGGAAUUCAAGAACGUGGUGUCGAAGAGCGCCCUGCAGUUCCGUGGCAACGCCCAGCACGACGCCCAGGAGUUCCUGCUGUGGCUGCUGGAUCGCGUUCACGAGGACCUCAACAACAUCGUCCACCCCUGCAGCAGGCCGCCCAGGAAGCCUACAAUAGAAGAUGAGGCUGUCCCUGAAGGAUCUCCAAUGCCAGCACCCGGGUCCUUCGUCCAGGAGCUGUUCCAGGCUCAAUACAGGUCUUCUCUGACGUGCCCACACUGCCAGAAACAGAGCAACACCUUUGACCCCUUCCUCUGUAUCUCACUGCCCAUCCCGGUACCACACACUCGGCCGCUGUAUGUGACGGUGGUUUAUCAGGGAAAGUGCUCCCACUGCAUGAGGGUGGGAGUCGCUGUGCCUCUGUCCAGCACCGUGUCCAGACUGAGGAAAGCUGUGGCCCAGGAGACCAAAAUUCCUACUGAACAGAUUGUCCUUACUGAAAUGUACUUUGACGGCUUUCAUCGCUCGUUCUGCGACGAUGAGGACGACCUUGAGAUCAUUCAGGAGAGCGACUCCAUCUUUGCCUUUGAAACACCUGAGCUGUUCAGACCUGAGCAGAUCCGAUCACUAAGGGGAAGUCCACAUGUGAACCAGAACAACCUGAAGUAUGGCACCGACAACAACAGGAUGUCCUCACAAAUCCAGGAGGCUGUGACGCCGCCCCAGAGUCCUAAUAAGAACAGUGGGCAGGCUGACAAGAUCGUUCUCCUGGUGUGCAACAGGGCCUGUGCCGGACAGCAAGGCCGCAGGUUUGGAAAUCCGUUUGUGCUGUACUUGGAGCGCACAGUGACCUGGGAUGUUCUCCAGAAGGAGAUUCUGGAGAAGAUGAGACAUCUUUUGCGUCCGGGAGUGCAUAUUCAGGUUGGCCCAUUCAGUCUGCGUGUCGUGGGUGUGGUUGGAAUCACCUAUCUGUUGCCCCAAGAAGAGCAGCCGUUGUGUCACCCCUCAGUGGAGAGAGCAUACAAGUCUUGUGGACCUGGAGGCCCGCCUCAUGUGAAGAUCGUGGUGGAAUGGGACAAGGAGACUAAAGACUACCUGUUCAAACGCACCGAGGAGGAGUACAUCCCGGACUCUGAGAGUGUGCGUCAGAUGAAGGAGCAGCACCUGCUGCCACAGACCUGCUCCAUCGCACAGUGUUUCCAGCUCUACACCAAAGAGGAACAGCUGGCUCCGGACGACGCCUGGCGGUGUCCACACUGCAAGCAGCUGCAGCAAGGCAGCAUCAAGCUGAGCCUCUGGACCCUGCCAGACAUUCUCAUCCUCCACCUCAAACGCUUCAGACAGGAUGGAGACAGGAGGAUGAAGAUGCAGAACAUGGUGCGUUUCCCCCUGUUGGGCAUGGACAUGGCGCCCCACAUGGUGAAGAGGAGCCAAAGCAGCUGGAGCCUGCCCUCACACUGGUCGCCGUGGAGACGGCCUUAUGGGAUGGGCCGUGACCCCGAGGAUUACCUGUAUGACCUGUACGCCGUGUGUAACCACCACGGGACCAUGCAGGGAGGACAUUACACAGCUUACUGUAAGAAUUCCAUUGAUGGCCAGUGGUACUGCUUCGACGACAGCGAUGUGCAAGCCAUCGCAGAUGACGAAGUUUGCAAGCAGACUGCCUACAUCCUGUUUUAUCAGAGGCGAGCCACAAUUCCAUCCUGGUCUGCGAACAGUUCUGUGGCAGGUUCCACCAGCUCGUCUCUGUGUGAGCACUGGAUCAGCCGGCUGAUGGGGAGCCGGCCGCCCAGCCAGGCCUCAUCCGGAUCGUCAAGACGCACGUCCUUAGCUUCCCUCUCCGAGUCGGCCGAGUUUGCGGGCGAGCGCAGCGAAGACGAUGGCCUCUCUCUCUCCACUCGCCCGGCGAUGCGGAGCGUUCCCCGGCAGACCUUCUCGUCGCGCUCGUCCAUGGCCAGCCCCCUGGCCCUGAGCGAGAACGGCACCAAGCCCUCUUGGUCGCUGUCGUCCAAGCUCCACCUGCGCUCCAACUCCCCCUCCCGCUUCUCCCUGGAGUCUCACUCGUCCUCGCCCACCCUGGAGAGGAUAGGCGAGGCGGCUGAUGACAAGACCUCCUGCUACAGUGGCUCGGGCAAGCUGGACAGGCCUCCUGGAGGUAAGACCCUAGUGGCUUUGGAAGGUACUGCGGGUGCUAAGAGGCUCCAGGAGCAGUCCCAACCCAGGGCAGCGGGCCAGGCCGAGCCCAGGUCCGCCAGCCAGGCCAUGGACAACAAUAACGUGACCACAGCCCCAGAGCAGGCCAGUCCAGGGCAUGGCGCCAUCUCCAAGGAGACCAAGCAGCGAGGCACUGGAGGAGGAGGAGGAGACAGCGGGGGGGCGAAGAGGAGCACGGGGAAGUCUGCUCAGGAGGCUGAGAGGAGCCCCAAGAAGCACAGUUCUCCCACGCCUGACCGGUCGCCCUCAAGGUCGCACACCAAGAGCACGACCGCCGCCGCCUACUCCUCUAAGGACAAAAGCGACGCUCCCGCCAAAACCAGCAAGACCGCGUCUUCCAAAACAGCCACGCCGGCAAAGAAGGGGACGGGCCACGCCCAGGAGACGCUGCAGCCUGACUCGGCACAGCAGAAGAAGAGAGGCAGUUCGCCGGGCUCCCGGAGCGCCCCCCCGCCGAGGAAGACGUCCCCCAGAGGGGUAGCAGAGAAGAGCUCAGCGCCCGGCAGGGUGAGAGCAGCUGAACGCAGCACCAGCCGGGAGGCCUCGCGGCCCGGCGCAGCGCCAGAGAAAGGGGUGGGCCAUGGCGGGCCCUCCUCGAGGGCGAGCGGAGGAGCGGCGCGGGGCGGGGACGCAGGCCGGGGGACGGAGGGUAGGCCUGGGGGGCGGAGCUCCAGCAGCAGCUCGUCCAUAACCAGCCUUCGAUCGCCGAGCGUGGGCGUUCCGUCCGCCAACGCGGCUCCGCCCCCACAGAGGGCCCCCCGGAGGAACAGCAAGACGGAGGACAAAGGCUUGUCCUUCUUCAAAAGGCAGAAAGAGACACGCAGAUCGACGGAGGGGAAGACCUCCAGCGCCGCCAAGGCAGGGGGAGGAGAGGCCAGGGGAAGCCCAGAGGAAGGGGACCUGGCCGGGGACGGGGAAGGGGACAGGGCCGGCAGGAGGUCCCAGCAGGGGGCGUCAGAGGCCCAGAAGAACACGGCCUCGGUGAAAGACAAGGAGUCCUCUAAGACGUCUACCCCAGCCAAGCGCUCGCUUCUGUCCUCCGCCAAGUCCAAGUCUUCGGGAGCUGACGCGUCCACACAGGCCAACGGGAAAGACCCUCACAAAAAGACCAUGCCUUCUAGAAAGAUCCCCAUCAACUCUACGCGGACCACCCACAAGUCCAAGUGAAACGUCCGGUGCGGACCCCAGUGACUCGACAGUGCAGCUAGAAUGUUUCUCGACCAACUUCACUGAUCUCCUUGGGGGAGAUGGACCAAUCGAAGCAUCGCCGGCUCAUAAAUCGUCUAUGAUUGGCCGCUGCCACAAAUGACAUGUUCGUCACUGUUCACUUUAUUAAAUGAUUCUAUA